GUAAAUCUAAAAUAUAUGUCAGUUCUAAACUGAACUGCGGAAAAAAUCGUUUCAGCUGCCGAGUGCAUCUUUGUUUAUUUAGGGUUGAGAAAAUCAGACAAUAUUAUUUGUUGAAACGAUAAGGUAUUAUUAAAUGCCAUAAGAUACCAAACAUUGAGUAAACAAAAAGACGUUUGGGACUAUCAGUCACACGAAUGCAGUGAUCUUUGAUGCCCGAUUGACAGGAUCAUGUCUACAAACUUUUUUAUUUUAUUUUUUGGUGUGAUUUGUGUUAGUGUUCAAGUCACAGGUUUAUCAGUGAAGGAUAGAAAACACUGCUGUGAUUUGGGUACCAAUUUUGCUACGUCGGGCAAUGAUUGUAAAAUUUUCAAACCUGAAUGGGCAGGACCUGGAUUAAGAACUGAAAAAUCAUGUUUGAGUACAGUAGAUUUGUGUUGCAAUAAACAGAUUAGAAAACGUGAAUGUCAAUUGGGAACGACAGAUGCAGUGAAUGGCGUAUCAUGUUCAUACAUUGAUGGUGACAGAAAGGAUUGUUGUGAAGCUUGUCAAGCAGGUAUAGAUGCAGCUAGAGCUAAAGAACGUUGUGGUGGCUUAGGAUUAGGUGAUCCGUACGAUGAAGCUUUUAAUAGUUGUUGCGAAGAUUAUGCUAAAGUUAAGUCUACAACGAUUACCACCACCACAACAACAACUACUCUAAAGUCUUUAAUAGAUAAAUCACUGGAUUUUGAAAACGAACCUAUUGAAAACAUAUGCGAUUCAGAUGUUUGCGCUCAAAUGUGUGAAGUGGUUGGUAAUUCCUUUAAAUGUGAUUGUUACAAAGGGUACGUCCUAAUGGAAGAUGGUAUAUCUUGUAGACCAGAAAAGCGAGUGUUAAAGAAAGGAGGAAGGUGUGAAAUAAACAACCCUUGUGAUCAUGAUUGCACAGAUACAGGUACUGCUAUCAAAUGCUCUUGCCGUGAAGGAUAUCAACUGGCGCAAGACAGCAGAACAUGUCAAGAUAUUGAUGAAUGUAGUUUAAACCUUCAUGACUGUACUGAGACAGAAACUUGCAUAAAUGAAGUAGGAACUUAUAUAUGUUACGAUGACCCUGAAUUUGAAAAUGAAACCAUUGAUUUUGAAAAUAAAUGUCCAACUGGAUAUAAAUUCAAUUUUGAAAAAGGCGUUUGCGACGAUAUUGAUGAAUGCCAAUUCGCGUUGAUAUGUGUUCCUCCUAAAGUUUGCAAAAACACAAUUGGAUCAUUCAUAUGUGAAGACAAUAGUCCUCAAUGCCCACCGGGAUUUCAUUACAAAGCAGCUAUACUAGAUUGUGCAGACAUUGACGAAUGUAUAACGGGCGACCAUGAUUGUAACAAAGAAUCGCAGAUUUGUUUAAACACAAAGGGCAACUACACGUGUAUAGAUAAAGCUUCCAAACAUACAUGUCCACCUGGUUUCAAAAAAAACGCUGUCACUCAAUUCUGCGAAGAUAUCGACGAGUGUGAAGAAGAAGAAAAUCUUUGUGCUCAAAAUGAAGUAUGCGUGAAUGAACUAGGUGGCCACACAUGCGAGCCCAAGAAUGUAACAGGUCUGAUACAAACACCCAAAUCAGUAACACCAUCAACCACAACAUCAACAACGAAAACAAUUCUCAGAUCUACCACUACGAAAGUAGUAUGUCCUAAAGGUUACACUUUUAUAGAAGAGACCGGCGUUUGUUCUGAUAUUAAUGAAUGCCAAGUAGGAGUACAUGGUUGUACAAUUGCUGAGAGAUGCGAUAACACAAUUGGGUCUUACCAUUGUACCCGUAUAUUUGGUUGUGGAACAGGGUACACGUUCAACUCUGCAAAUGGCUUAUGUGAAGAUGACGAUGAAUGUUACUUGGGAACUCACAACUGUAGAGAACUUGGACCGAAUUUCAAAUGUAGAAAUACAAUGGGAUCUUACCGUUGUGAACCAACGAGACCUGUUUAUAACGCCCCAUCGGUUACAGAAAGAGUUAAACCACAAAAUUCGCCAAGAGAACCAGGGUCUGUUCAAAAUAUUCCAAAAUAUCCUGAAAAUAACGAACGUACUCCUGUUGAAGAACCACCAUUUAUAUCAUCUAAAUAUUAUACUGUGCAAACAACCCCUAUAGUUUCCACAACUACUACAACUACUGAACGACAACAAUUUGUCAAUCAUCAAGAUCCUGGAAUCGUGUCUGGAACCAUCCUACCUAUUGGUAAUCCCGUUUUAAGCGGAACCAAUGUGUCAGGUACCAUACUUCCUAUUGGAAAGUCUACAACCGAAAAGACCACGACACAAAAACCCAAUCCUACCCCAAGUGUACCUUCUGUUCCAACGAUUAGAAUUGUAACACCAGAAGGAACAUUGCCAUACUAUUCACCAAAGAGUACAACACCUUCCACUACUGUGAAUUAUUAUCCCUACAGGUUUCCGUCUGUAAAUCCUUACUAUUCAGUUAUUAAUGGGCAGCUUAAAAAAUGCCUACCAGGUUAUAGAAUGAAUAAUCGUGGACAAUGUGAAGAUAUUGACGAAUGCCUGAGCAAUCCUUGUAGUCGAUUUGAAAAAUGCGUAAACUACAAAGGCCGAUUCGAAUGUAUACCGCCAAUCCAAUGUAAAAUCGGAUACGAACUAAGCGAAUCCGGAGACCAGUGCGUAGAUGUUAAUGAAUGUUCAAGAGGUAUCCACAAAUGCUCCUCUACACAAAUAUGCAAAAACUAUAAUGGAUACUACACUUGUGAAUGUCCACCUGGUCAUCAUUUGGACAAGUUAACCAAUCAAUGCGAAGAUAUUGAUGAAUGCAGAAUUUACCGGCCUUGUCGAACAUCAUCUUCAAAUUGUGUGAACUUACGAGGAUCGUUCAGAUGUGAUUGUAAACCUGGAUUUCAGAGAAGGUCUAUUAACGAAUGCAGCGACAUAGAUGAAUGUGCUCAAACUGGUCUGUGCGAACAUAAUUGUGUCAAUAUUUGGGGAUCAUAUAGAUGUAGUUGUAAUCAAGGAUUCACAUUAAAUAGAGAUAACAGAACAUGUACUGAUAUAGAUGAAUGUGAAAGAUUUAAGGACAAGAGACUGUGCAUUGGCACUUGUAAAAAUGUCCCUGGCAGUUACAGAUGCGAGUGUCCGCCUGGUUACAAUUUAGGAAGUGAUGGAAGAGUUUGUAUAGAUAUAGACGAAUGCCAACAAAACGUAUGUCUAUCAGAUGAGGUGUGCUUAAAUACUAGAGGAGGAUACAAAUGCUACAGGAUUAAUUGUCCUCCAAAUUAUGUAAAAGAUACGGAACACAAAUCUCGCUGUAAACGUCUUCCGUCUUUCUGCGAUCCAAGGGAUUACCAAUGUCUCCUUUUACCAGAACAAUAUACUUACCAAUACAUAACUUUGGUUUCAAACCUACCGUUAACUCACGGACAAAUCAACCUGUUUAGAAUAAAUGGUCCUGAAUGGCAUUCUUCCAGAGCAGAAUUUACAUUAAAACUUCUAGAUGUUGUUUGUCCAUACGGUAUCGAAAAAGUUAAUGAGAAUUACUUUAGGAAGUCAAACAUACAAUUUAACAGUAUGGCAUUAGAUUUGGUUAAACCUAUACAGGGCCCUCAAGAAAUAAAACUACAAAUUGAGAUGCACUUGUACCAAUCAAAUAUUAUAAUAGGAAACGCUGUUGUUUAUAUCAUCAUUGUGGUAUCCGAAUUUCCCUUUUAAAUUUAUUUAUGCCAGUAAAAAUACUGUAGUGAUAUCCAAAUGAAUAUAAUUCCUUAUCAUUUAAUGAUAGUAUGAUAGAUUAGUCUUGUUUCUAAAAAAUAUGAUUGUUGUUAUAACUUUUCUCUACAACUGUCAUAGUGCUUGUUCUAUUUUCAUAUUAAGACUGAAAUUCUACCCUGCAACAAAUAUACACAAUACAAUUUUAUUCAAAAAAUAAUUAUCAACACGUUUUCGUUAAAAAUUAUUUUCAUUUAAAAAUUUCAUUAAUUACAUAGGAAUUUUACAAUAUUUGCCAAUAUUCGAAGUAAAUCAAAAAGAUAUAACUAUAAAUUCGUUCAAGUUUUUUAUUAGGGUGGAUUAAUCCCUUUGUUUUUUUGUUACAGUUUUUUGUUGGUCCUGGCUUUUGUCAGCUUUUUCCAUUCUUUUUUGUUUUUGCAUUUGGCUUCUCAGUCUACUAUUUAUGGCAUUCUGGUAUCUAGGUCUUCUAUCAUUUUUUGUACAUUUAUUGAGUCCAAUUUGUUUUUUUUUUCAAUAGAACUGCACCAAGUGAAUUAUGUUGAACAAGGGUAUUUUUCUAUACAGAAAUCGUUCAAAAUCUGCAAACUCAAUCUGGAUUCCACUUACUACUAUUCCAAAAAUUCUGUUGUUUCAAAUACAUAUUCAAUUCUAAGGACAUGAAACUAAAUAUUUCCAAUUUUAAUUUUUUAUAAUGUAACACAAUAGUUCAGUUCAAUAAAAACUGUCUAUUUCAUUUAAAUCUAAUAAUCAAUUUCUUCUUUGUUUCUCCAAUAUCAACAAUUUGAAAUAAGGAAAAUCGGAAACCAUGUUGAGUAAUCAGAAUCGUUUGUUAAACUUAUUCAUAAUUUUAAUAUCUACUUAAAUAUUAUUAAAGUAAGAAUUGGUAGAAUUUAUUCUAAGUAUAUUUUAAUAAUAAACUAAGUACUUGUUUUUCUUAAUAAAGAUAUUCUGAUAAAGA